AUGAAGGUGUAUUACAUAGGAAUAUUAAAGACUACCGGUUCCAAAACUGUAGAGCUAACCUCAGCCAGAGACUUGUCCCAAUUUUCAUUUUUUGAAAGAAAUGGAGUAUCACAGUUUAUGACCUUUUUCUCAGAAACAGUGGCACAGAGAACUGCUGCUGGCCAAAGACAAAGCGUAGAGGAAGGAAACUAUAUAGGUCACACAUACACGCGAUCAGAAGGUUUGUCUGCUGUCAUAAUAACAGACAAGGAGUAUCCAGUAAGACCAGCAUAUACUUUGAUAAAUAAAAUUUUGGAGGAGUAUUUGUCAUUGCACCCAAAAUCAGAGUGGGACAACAUUGAACAGAGUAACACGUCAUUGAAUUAUCCUCAAUUAGAAACGUAUUUGAAAAAAUACCAGGAUCCAGCUCAAGCUGACUCAAUAAUGAAGGUUCAACAAGAAUUAGAUGAUACAAAAGUAGUUUUACAUAAGACAAUCGAAGGUGUUUUACAAAGAGGCGAGAAAUUGGAUUCUUUGGUGGACAAAUCCGAAGCAUUGAGUAGUUCUUCGAGAAUGUUUUACAAACAAGCAAAAAAGACAAACUCUUGUUGUAUCAUUAUGUAG